AUGGCGUCGAAAAGGCGGGAAACAGAAAAGAAGGAUAAAAAUAAACAGAGAAAGGGUCUGCUGCAUUUUUUCUCCUCCGUUUUUCAUCCACACCUUCCCCCUAUAUCUCUUUCUCUCUCUCACUCUCUCUCUCUCUCUCUCUCUCUCUCUCUCUCUCCGUUUGUAUCUUCCCUCUUUAAUCGCUCUUGCUUUUAUCUACUCUUGUCUUACAACACUCAUUUCUUUUCUUUUUUUAUUUUCCCCGGGUCUCUUUCUUUCUUUCUUUCUUUCUUUCUUUUUUUUUUUUUAUCUGUAUUCCUCUUUGCUUUUUUUUUAUUAUUAUUCUUAUUUGCUUUCUUCUCAUUUAUAUUUUUUCUGUCACUCUUUCUUUCUUUUUCAUUUGUUUUUUUCUAUUUUCUUUCAUUUUUCUUCCUCCUUUCUUUCUUUCUUUCUUCUUUCUUUCUUUUUCCUUUUUUUUCUUUCUUUCUUUUUCCUUUCUUCUUUCUUUCUUCUUUCUUUCUUUUUCCUUUCUUUUCAAUUCUUUUUCUUUCGUUCUUCUUCCUUUAUUUCUUUAUUUCUGUUUUCUUUGUUCUUCCUUUCUUCUUUCAUUCUUUCGUUCUUCUUUCAUUCUUUCAUCUUUCUUUCCUUCUUCUUUCUUUUUCUUCCUUUCUAUCUUUUUAUCUUACGUAUUUCUUUUUCUUUUCUUUCUUCUUUCUUUUUUUGUUUCUUCUUUCUUUCUUCUUCUUGCUUUCUUUCUUGUGUCUUUCUUUCGUUCUUCUUUUUGUCUCCGUUCUUUUUUCUUCUUUCUUUUAUCUCCUUCCUUUUUCUCUCUUUAUUUCUUCUUUCUUUCUUCUUUCUUUCGUCCAUCUUUCUAUCACUCAUCUUUGUUUUUCUCUUCUUUCUUCUUCCUUUCUUUUUUUGGUAUUUCUUUCUUUCCUCUUCUUUUCCUGUUUAUUCUUUCUUAUUUUCAUCUUUCUUUCUGCUUUCUUCCUACUUUUUCUUUCUUUCUUCUUUUUCUUUCUUCUUUCUUUCUUCCUUCUUUCAUUCUCCUUUCUUGCUUUUUCGUUUCAUUUUCUUUAUUGUUUCUUUCAUUCUAUUUUAUUUCGUUCGUUCUUCUUUCUAUUUUCUUUCUUUUUUCUUCUUCUUUUUUUCCUUUAUUCUGACUUCCGUUCGUUCUCCUUUCUUAUUCAUUUCCUUUUUUAUUCUUUCUUCUUUCUUUCUUUAUUCUUUCUUAUUCCUUUCAUUAUUCUUUCUUAUUCCUUUCCUCUUUCUUUCUUUUUAUUUCUUUCUUCUUUCUUUCAUCUUUCUUCUUUAUUUCUUUCUUUCUUAUUUGUUUUUUUCAUCUUUCUUCUUCCUUUCCUUUUUCUUCUUUCUGUCUUUCUAAUUUCUUUCUUUCUUUCUUCUUCCUUUAUUUUCUCUUUCUUUCUUCUUUCUUUCUUUCUUCUUACUUCUUUUUUCUUUCUUAUUUCUUUUUCUUUCUUCUUCUUUUUUCUUUCUUUCUUUCUUCUUUUUCUUUCAUUUUUCUUUUUUCAACAUGAUUCUUCCUUUUUUUUCUUCUUUCUCUCUUUCUUUUUUCUUUCGUUCUUCUUUCUGUUUUGGUUCUUCAUUUCUUUUUCCUUUCUUCUUUCUUUCUUCUGCCUUCUUUCUUUUUUUUGUUUCUUCUUUUUUUCUUUCAUCUUUUUUCUUCGUCCUUUUUUCUUUCUUCUUUCUUAUUUCUUUUAUUCAUUCGCUUUCUGUUUCACCGCCCUAUCUUUUUCUUUUUCCUCUUUUUCUUUUUUCUUAAACAGCUCUCAUUUUAUUUUUCUUUGCUGUUUCCAUCUUUUUUAUAACCGGCUCUCUUCUACACCUUUUGAUUUUUUUUCCCUUUUCUAUCGUUUCGUUUUCUUCUUCUUCUUCUUCUUCUUCUUCUUCUUCUUCUUCUUCUUCUUCUUCUUCUUCUAA